UAGCGUGAGCUGCGUGAGUGCGCUACGUGCGCUGUGUGUUUGUUUCAUUCUCGUUGCAAGAGAAGCUGUCGAAAGCAUGACGCAAGAAAGCCAGAUACCUCCUCCCCCAGUUAUGUGGGCUCAAAGAAAAGAUAUCUUAUAUGUUACUAUCUGCUUAGAAGACUGUAAAGAGCCUGUUAUUGAAAUUGAACCAGAAAAAAUAUACUUCAAAGGAGAGGGAGGUACAGAUAAAAAAAUGCAUGAGGUUACUAUUAAUCUGUACAAAGAAAUUGAGCCCAGCAAAACCAUAAAAAAUAUGAAGGGCAGAACCUUUGAAUUGAUUCUUGCUAAGAAAGAAGAGGGACCAUAUUGGCCACGAUUAAUUAAAGACAAAACAAAGGCUCAUUGGUUAAAGAGUGACUUUAACAAAUGGAAGGACGAGGACGACACCGACGAAGAAGGUAACCCACCAGAUUUAGAAGAGAUGAUGCGACAGAUGGGUGGUCUAAGUGGCUCAGGCGAUAGCAAGCCAAAUUUUGACGAGUUGGAUGAAUUGGGAGACAACGACGCCGACAGCGAUGAUGAAGAUCUUCCUGAUCUAUAUGACUAAAGCGAUAAAAAUAAUCGAUCAAGUAAUUAAUUACAUUAAAGACAAAUGGCAACCUAAGGAUAGUGCACAAAACGGGCAAUAUUUCAGUAGGCCUUGCUGUUUGUAUCUUCAAUUGCAAAUUUGUUAAAAUGGCCGUAUUGCUAGUGGCAAACGGGGCGCGUAAACUGGAUUGAAGAAAACUAAAGAUUCAGUGCGGCAACAGUCGAUGAACAGUAAUACAGCUCUCGAAGGUCCUCCGCAGGUCUCUCUCCUUUAUUAGCCUCUAGUUCAUAUACUAAGUUAUAAUGGACAAGCUUUUUUAAUAAUGUAUUGUGUAAAGUAACACGAGAAGAUAAGAACGAAAAAGAAAUGAAAAUAACCAAAAUUAUCUAUGGAAUUAUUCAUUUUGGAAAAAUCCUGCAAAGU